GACUCUCUCCAUUCCUUGAUGAACACUCUGAGUGCCUCCAACCCUUUCUUUGUGCGCUGCAUCAAACCCAACAUGAACAAGAACGCCAACAUGUUUGACCCAGAAGUGGUCCUGAACCAGCUGAGGUAUUCUGGGAUGUUGGAGACCGUGAAGAUCCGCAGAGCUGGUUUCCCUGUCCGCAGGACUUUUAAUGACUUCCACAGCAGGUACAAGAUUAUCCUGAAAGACAGGCAUCCAACAGACGACCAGAGAGGGAGGUGCACAGAGCUGCUGAUGUCAUACGACCCCGCCAAGAUAGACUGGCAGCUGGGGAAGACUAAGGUGCGCUGGUCCUGUGGCUCUGACAUCACACUCUUACACGGCAUACUCUGCUGCAUGUCCUGUGACCCAGGGGUUUACAGGGUUGAACAGG